AUGGCCAAAGGGGAAGAACAAAAUCAAACUAUUACCAAAUUCCUUUUGCUGGGAUUUGGAGAUCUUGGAGAUCUGCAGCUUCUUCUCUUUGCACUCUUAUUGUUGAUCUAUAUUAUGACCAUGGUUGGGAAUAUCCUUAUAAUUGUCCUGGUUGUUACUGAUCACCAUCUUCACACUCCUAUGUACUUCUUCCUGAGUAAUCUGUCUUGCCUAGAGACAUGCUACAGCUCUAAUGUUCUUCCAAUAACAUUGAUCAACCUUUUAUAUGAGGGUCCAAUAACUAUUUCUGUAACUGGCUGCAUGGUACAAUAUUACUUUUUUGGUUUCUUGGCAGCUUCUGAAUGUUACCUUCUAGCAGCAAUGUCUUAUGACAGAUAUGUAGCAAUCUGUAAUCCACUCCUUUACAGAGCAGUUAUGAACGGCAAGGUUUGUCUGCAGCUUGUAGCUGGAUCCUGGAUAAGUGGCUCAUUGGCUAUUAACAUAACUAUAUAUCUAAUGCACCAGUUAAAAUUCUGUGGCCCCACUGAAAUUAACCAUUUCUUUUGUGAUUUCAGUCCAAUAUUAAAUCUAGCAUGCAGUGAUACUCAUGUGAUUGAAAUUUUAACUGCAUUAUUAGCUGCUGCAUGUUCCUUGCCACCUUUCUUGUUGACCUUGGCAUCUUAUGUUUAUAUAAUUUCUACUAUUGUGAGGAUCCCUUCCACUGGUGGAAGACAAAAGGCCUUCUCAACCUGUUCAUCACAUCUUAUUGUGGUGUCCAUCUUCUAUGGCACAAUAAUGAUUGUCUACAUUUUGCCAAAAACAGAUGGACUGCUAGAAAUCAACAAAGUCUUGUCUCUGUUUUAUACAGUUCUGACACCCUUAUUAAAUCCCUUGAUAUACAGCCUAAGAAACAGGGAGGUAAAACAGGCUUUUGGAAAAGCAGUUGCUAAAUUGUAUAUUGCUGAGAGAAUGCACCACUGUGUAAUUUAG